AGAGAGGUCCAUCGAACAGAUGACGUAUUACAGCGGGUCCUUGCUUUUUCCGGGUCGGUGUAAAUAGUGUGCGGGCCUGUCAUACAAGUCAGUAAAAUGUCGAAAGUAACGUUUAAAAUCACGCUGACGUCGGACCCUCGGUUACCAUAUAAAGUAUUAAGUGUACCUGAGAGCACGCCGUUCACGGCCGUUUUGAAAUUUGCAGCGGAAGAGUUUAAAGUGCCUGCAGCCACCAGUGCCAUCAUUACAAAUGAUGGCAUCGGAAUCAACCCGGCGCAGACAGCAGGAAAUGUGUUCCUGAAACACGGCUCGGAGCUACGAAUAAUUCCCAGAGAUCGGGUUGGAGGAUGUCACCAGGCCAGGAUGUGACUAUCCAGUACUUUUCUGUCACAGACGAUGAACAUGCUUAUGCAUUGUCCGGCCCUGAGGUGUCAACUCUCAGCUGCUCUAACUGGGACUGCUGCGGCUCCAAAUCUGUCAGAGGACAAAUCUCACCUAGCUGCCAUCACAGCCCCCUUCUCAAAGAUACACACUUGCAGGAUGUUGUCGAUGUGUUGUGCCCCAAACCACUAGAUCUUUUGAUCUUUCACAAAAUAUUCCAGCUCUGUUUAAGAUCACAUACAUAUUGUGUUCAUUAUGCAUGCUUUUACAUGUCUUAAAUACAUAAUGUCUACUUCAAGUCCAAUUAAAUGUUUAAAUAAUGUUAAAAAUAUGAUUCCAUUUUCCAUUUUAAGAAGGCAAAUGAGUCAUAUUGUGUCUUUUUUUUCUUUACAUUUCAUGUGUUAUGUUUCAUUAAUUGUUGUUUUGAGCUCUGUUAUGUAGCUGUUAUUGCAGGCAGAUAAUGACUGUCAAUGUGAUGAAACUGCUGCAGCUGUGCAGCUAAACAAAACUAUACAACAGUAUGAUUAAAGAAGCUCUAAAUAAGUUAAUAAAAAACACAUUUCAUAAUAUGCUUACUAUGUAAAAAAAUAAAAAUACAAAACUCUUCCCAUAGUUGAAAAUAAAUUAUAUGAAAUGUUACAUAAACCAAUUUGACACCUAAAAGUCGCUUUUUGUAACGUUCCUGGUCACUCAAGUCGGAGUCUUUUCAUUAAACUUAAAAUAAUGGCUCGACUUGAAUAGCACAUCAGGCUAAUGAAUGACAGGCUCUACCUUUGCUUUUACACCCUCCACUUGGCCUCCUCCUCUUACAUUACUGCCAGGCAGAAAUGGAGGAGGAGAAUGAGGGUCUGACUAUUCAGUGUCAUAAUGGAUCUUUCAUUUGUUUUAAUUAAAAGAGCAGGCAUGCCGUGCCCUUUCCAUGCCACUCGUUACUGGGAGAAGUGCAUUAUAAAUACAGCAAGGCCUACAUUACUCAAAUGCAGACAUGUUACUCUGGAUCACAUCUGAAAAGACAUUGCUCGCCUCCUGCCUCAUUUGGCAAGAAAUGAUGCGGUUUGUUCAUUAGCUGUGGAAGAAAUUGUGCUUUUACCAGGGUUCCCACGCUCCUUGAAAGUACUUGAAUUUCAGACAUAUGGAUUCAAGGCCUGGAAAGUAC